AUGAUUAUCAGUAGCAGCGACGAUGCUUUCAUCAACAACAUGAAGUUCGCCACUACCCACAAGCUCAAACAUUCAAUCACCGGUGAAUGGUAUGACAAACUCGAAGAAAGUAUCAUCUUCGAUAAAUCGGAUAUCAAUGGUUUGGUUUUUCCUCACUAUGAUGCCCUUGUUAUUACUUUACGAAUUCUAGAUAAUGAUGUGAGAUGCAUUAUGGUAGACGAUGGGAGCGGCACGUGCAUUAUCGACGCUCGAGUACUUGCACAAAUGAAACUCGAGGAUAAGAUAGGAUCGUGUUGCAUCACACUAACUGGUUUUAAUAAUGCAGUCGAGCGGACAUCUGGCGAAAUCACACUCCUUGUUAUGGCAUGUGGCGUUACUCUGGAAACCACAUUCCACAUCAUGGACCAAUACACACCAUACAACGCCAUAAUAUGGCAACAAUGGAUACACACCAUGAGGGCCAUGCCCUCCAGCUUAUACCAGGUCAUAAAACUCCCAACUCCAUGGGGAAUAUUCAGCAUAUGGGGAGGGGGGAACAACGCAUAUCCCGAGAAUGCGAUUGCAUCUCCCUUGACUGCACGGUCACUCAACAGACGAAGGAUAAAGAAAAAGAGGCAUAACAAUCAAUAG